AUGGAGAACUCUGAACAAUUUGCAAAAGAAGAUGGUACAUCCAUGAUGAGUACAAGACCAAAGCGUGAGAGGUAUCCACGCGGGGGCAAGAAUCAGAGCAAUAAUCAAAGUACUACUUCUCUAGAAAAGCUUAUUAAUUCGGGAACUUAUAUUGACCAUAGGGGUCAAAAAGAUUUUGAUUCUUCGCCUACGAGAUCUAGAAGGAGGGUUGCAAAUGAGAAUGUGUUUAAGAGACUGGAAAGGGGAGAUCCUAGCGGCGAGAGCAACACCAAUGAUGCUAAUAACAAGAAGAAUAGCAAGAGCAAGAGCAAAAACAAUAGCAAUGGUGCGUAUAGCAAAAGUAUGAACAAGGACAAGGACAAGGACAAGGACAAGGAUAACGUCAUCGAUAAAGACGAAAACAUUAGGAAUCACUAUUAUGCUCCUCGGCCUUCAAACCUACCUCUCACGAAUCGCAAUUUGCGACAUUUGCUAAGAUGCUCAGUAUCUUCUCAGGGCAGAAAUAAUGAUGAGCUGCUGCACACAAUGUUUCCUGAUACCGUGGCACUAGAUAUGGACAAGUUUGCUAACGAGCAAAGCAAACUCGCAAAAUCUCACUCAUGGAACGACCCGUUUGAAGAUGAAAAUGGUGAUAUUCACCACGUUCAAUCUGAUAAAGAUCUUGAAAAUGGGGAUUUUUUGGAUAACUACUCAGUAAACUCACUUGAGUUUGGCGAGUCGAAUCCCUCCUCUGACCAUUCCAGUGAUUCAACAUCUCUCGAUGAUGUAUGUUACUUUGACUAUAACAGAGAAGACGAGAGAAGAGAAGAAUGGCCAAAUUUGCACAUUCUCGAGGAGUUUGUGAAAGAAGAGUUUGAAGAAGCAGAAAAGGAGAGGGAACAGGAAAUAGGGAAACCACCUAUUGGUUACUCGGUGAAUUUUGGUCAAGAUGUGGUUCAUGAACAAGAAGGAGACAAAACUGGGUCGCCACGGAGCCCCAAAAUGCCGCAUGCAUCUUCAUUACAGCUGCACAAUAUUGAUGGCGUGGGUCCAAAAAACGAAGAAGAAGAAGAUGUCACUAAUGAAAAUAUACCAUUGAUGGACAAUUACAAAACAAAUGAAUUGGAAUCUUUGAAUUCCUUGAAUGAAGAUGCUUUAAGGGUACGACCAACUCCUACACAACCAUGGGAGAAAUCGAAAGAUCAAAUCCCUACUAUUCUAAGAAGAAAUACCUCACAGCCUAAUCAAAAGAAAUAUAGUCAAAAAGAUGGCGGAGAAGUUUGUCGGUAUACCUACUUUAGAGAAGAUUUACCAAAGACAAUUUAUGCACCAACUCUUGGUGGAUUAUUGAAUGAUGAUCCAAAAUUGAGUAUAUUUGAUAAAUUAGUGGAGUUAUUUAGACCGAAUAGUAGUGGUAACAAAGCAUCGGGACCGGGAUCUACAGCUAGUCAGCAAAAAAAACAAGGGUCUAUGUCAUCAUCUAAUUUGCAACAUUUAAGACCACCCAGAAUUGGUAAUGAAUCUCCAUUACCCUUAUCCACAGCUGGCGGGGAAUUGAAUACUGACCCCUUUUGGUUGGACGUACUUGAUCCAACCGAAGAAGAGAUGAAGGUUAUAUCCCGGACAUUUGGAAUCCAUCCGUUGACGACGGAGGAUAUCUUUUUGGGCGAGGCAAGAGAAAAAGUUGAACUUUUCAAAUCUUAUUAUUUUAUUUGCUUCACGUCUUUUGACAUUGUUUACGAACGGAGGAAACAAAAAGCAAAAGAGCAAGAAAAGAAAUUUAACAAGUUGCAGGAGAUGUACGAUAGUAGGUCAGAACAAGGGAGCUUUUACGCUCAAAAUGUUGGCAUUUUCCAAAAAUUGCCAAGGUUUUUGGGGAACUUGUUUCGCAAGAGGAAGAGAGCUCCAUCUAAUUUUGAAAAACCAGAAACGUCAUCAACAGUGAAAUCACGAACCAAGAAAGUGAGAGAAGGAGAACUACUGCCAUUGAAUAUGUAUAUCAUUGUUUUCAAAAAUGCAGUAAUCAGUUUCCAUUUUUCUCCCACGCCUCAUCCAAUAAAUGUCAGGAGGAGAGCUAGAAUGUUGAAAGAUUAUUUGACUGUUUCAUCCGAUUGGAUUUGUUAUGCAUUAAUUGACGAUAUCACUGAUUCUUUUGCCCCGAUGAUUGAAGCCAUAGAGACCGAGGUCAACUUGAUUGAAGAUACCAUACUACGUAUGCAUUCAGGAGAGCAUGAUGAUCUGGAUGAUUCUGAUUCUGAUUCUGAUGACAAUGCUAGUAACUAUUAUCAUCAGCAAACGAAACGACAUGGUCGACAUAGUCGUCAUCAUCGUCAUCAUCGUUCUUCUCAUAAUCAUCAACGCCACAACGACGGUCAUGUAGCAGCAGGAGCCACGCAUGACCCGCGUGAUAAUGUGUUUGUUUGGCGCAAAAGAUCGAAAUCAACAGUUGAGGCUAAUCAAAAUGGGUUUUUCCGAAUGGCAAACACAAAGUCCAAAUCAAAGGCAAGUUCUUCAAGCACUUCGACAACCUCAGAUACUGGAUCGUCUCGAAUUCUUGGAUGGAAGCGUAAAGGAGAUUUGUUGAGACGAAUUGGGGAAUGUAGAAAACGAGUCAUGUCGGUAUUGCGACUUCUCAGUUCCAAAGCAGAUGUCAUUAAAGGGUUCAGUAAAAGGUUCAAUGAUAUCGAGAACAGCAGCUCGCAACUGGAAAUAGCCAUGUAUUUGGGAGAUAUCCAGGAUCAUAUAGUGACAAUGAGUCAAGCAUUGAACCAUUAUGAGAAGUUAUUAGCUCGUUUCCAUUCGAAUUAUUUGGCUCAGAUCAAUAUUGAUAUGACCAAAGUUAACAAUGACACCAACGACGUAUUAGGGAAGAUUACAAUAUUGGGUACAAUUGUUUUGCCAAUUAAUGUAGUGACGGGAUUAUGGGGGAUGAAUUGUUUGGUGCCUGGCCAAGACUAUGACGGGUUGGCCUGGUUUUGGUGUAUUGUUGGAGCUAUGGCUUUGUUUAGUUUUUUUGCCUUUCAUUACGCAAGAAGAGUUACUGGACUAUAA